AUGCGCAAAGAGCUGGGGGAGAUGUUUGAAACUGGCCGGGAGAGCAACGGUCGUCUUGCCCGUUACAUUGGUGGCAGCGGUGGGAUCGAAGCUUCUACGGAGGCUCCCCUAAGUGCUCAGGCAUCGGAUUCUUGUGAGCCCUCAGUACCCCCUGACGGGAGUGACCUACAAACCCUCUUUCAGGAAGGCUCCAACGUAAGGCGUCUGCAGCAAGAGGACCCAGAUAUUCGAUCUCUGUUGGAGUGGCUUAGAGCGGGUGAGAGGCCGUCCUCAGUGAGGAUUAAAGGGGCUGGUAAGGCUCUCCGUAUUUUGUGGCACGAGUUUCCUCGCAUGACCAUGAUUGACGGAAUUGUGCACAGGGUUGUUGCCCUGUCUGAUGUGGAACAGACAUGGCAGGUUGUCGUACCAUCGGUUCUGGUGCCGGAGGUCCUGCGUCUUCUUCAUGGUGGGCCCUUGACUGGCCAUUUGGCUGUGGAGCGGACCAUGGCCCGUGCACGCGGGGUGUGCUUCUGGCCUUGUAUGUAUCGUGACAUACGCACUUGGUGUGAGCAGUGUUAUGCCUGUCAGAGGCGCAAGGCGCCUGUGCCUCACCAUCGUGCUCCGAUGCGGACGACGUUGGCACAGCGCCCGUUUCAGCGGGUUGCGGCAGACAUAUUGGAGUUGCCGGUCACGUCGAGAGGAAACCGCUAUGUUCUGGUGGUGGAAGACUAUUUCACCAAACGUUUGGAUGCUGCUUUUCGCCAGAGUCGCGAUAACAGUGUGACUGCGAGUGACAAACAGAGGACCUUUUAUGACACCAGAGAGAGACACAGGCCUUACGAAAUUGGGGAUUUAGUGUGGCUUCAUGACCCAACUGAGAGCCGCCGUAAAUUGGCCCCACACUGGAAGGGGCCUUACAUUAUUGAGCGGAGACAGGACCAUGACGACGUGGUUGGGGUUACAUAUGUGAUUGGAAGUCCAUUUGGGGAAGAAGCCCCCAAACAGACAAUUCACUAUGAUCGACUACGUCCCUAUUGUUUGCCGAGUCCUGUUCCUUUGGCUGGCCCACCAAGAAGUGCCGCUCUAAGUACACAGGGCCCUGUGACCUACGAUGCACUCUCCUCACACGGUGAGCCUGCUGUGUCCACCCCUUCGCCAGUGAGGGAACAGGUGGACGGUGAAUUUGUACCGGAUGCGGCCCCUAUUGGUCGUCAGGUGCAGGUGUCGCGUUCUGGACGACACAGUAAGGCGCCUGGACGUUAUGCUGACUAUGUUAUGGGUUAA